UGUUGUGUAUCUCCUUAUUGGUGGAUUUUCCUUGAAGAUGCGGAGGAAAAUUCUGCAACGGAUGAUUCAGGUCUAGGGCGAGGUUCGUUGCACAACUCGCUGACGACUCAAUUUACAACGCAGCAUCUCUGCUCUGUUUCUUCUCCAGAUUCUACAUCUGAACUGACUGAUCAAAAUGCGUGAAUGCAUCAGUAUCCAUGUUGGACAGGCAGGCGUACAAAUAGGCAAUGCCUGCUGGGAGCUGUACUGCCUGGAGCAUGGCAUCCAGCCUGACGGCCAGAUGCCCAGCGACAAGACCAUCGGCGGCGGAGACGAUUCCUUCAACACUUUCUUCAGCGAAACUGGUGCCGGAAAGCACGUCCCCCGAGCCGUCUAUGUGGACCUGGAGCCCACAGUGGUGGACGAAGUCCGCACCGGCACCUACAGGCAGCUAUUCCACCCCGAACAGCUGAUCACGGGCAAGGAAGACGCGGCCAACAACUAUGCGAGAGGUCACUACACCAUUGGCAAGGAAAUAGUGGAUUUGGUGCUGGACAGAAUCCGCAAGCUGGCUGACCAAUGUACGGGACUUCAAGGUUUUCUGAUCUUCCACAGCUUUGGAGGUGGCACUGGAUCUGGCUUUACGUCCUUACUAAUGGAAAGAUUAUCCGUGGACUACGGAAAGAAAUCCAAGCUUGAAUUCGCAAUCUAUCCCGCUCCUCAGGUAUCCACAGCAGUUGUGGAACCCUACAAUUCCAUUCUGACCACCCACACAACUCUGGAGCACUCCGAUUGUGCUUUCAUGGUAGACAACGAGGCCAUCUACGACAUCUGCCGCAGAAAUCUUGACAUCGAGCGACCAACCUACACAAAUCUCAACAGAUUAAUCGGGCAGAUUGUCUCCUCAAUCACCGCAUCCCUCAGAUUCGAUGGAGCCCUGAACGUGGAUUUAACUGAAUUCCAGACCAACUUGGUACCUUAUCCAAGAAUCCACUUCCCGCUUGUAACCUAUGCUCCAGUGAUAUCUGCAGAGAAAGCCUACCAUGAGCAACUGACGGUGGCUGAAAUUACCAACGCUUGCUUCGAGCCAGCCAACCAGAUGGUCAAGUGCGAUCCAAGACACGGAAAAUAUAUGGCAUGUUGUCUGCUAUACCGAGGAGAUGUAGUCCCAAAGGAUGUGAACGCCGCCAUUGCUGCUAUCAAGACGAAACGGUCCAUACAGUUUGUGGAUUGGUGUCCGACUGGAUUUAAGGUCGGUAUCAAUUACCAACCACCCACUGUCGUGCCUGGUGGUGACCUCGCCAAAGUCCAACGUGCCGUGUGCAUGCUGUCCAACACAACAGCCAUUGCAGAAGCCUGGGCCCGUUUGGAUCACAAGUUCGAUCUCAUGUACGCCAAGAGAGCCUUUGUCCACUGGUAUGUCGGCGAAGGUAUGGAAGAAGGAGAGUUCUCCGAGGCCCGAGAAGAUCUGGCAGCUUUGGAGAAGGAUUAUGAAGAAGUUGGAAUCGACUCAACUGAUGGCGCCGAAGAGGAAGAAGGAGAAGAAUAUUAAAUUGCCCAAAAAAAUAUGCCAACAGUCAAAUUCUUUUUUAAAUAAUUUUUUUAUUUAUUUUCAACUACUGAAUUUUGUUAAUUGUGCUGUUCUGUGAGCAGAUUUUUGUUAUGUUUUAAACUAGAUGAUUCAUUAAAAGCAUAGUAUGAGA